CUCUCUCUCUCUCCCGUGCUGCUCUCCCUUCUCCUCUCCUCAAUUACCACGCCGCAGCCGCAGCCCCCCAACCCUAGCUAGUACGGCGGGCGACCUGAGGGGGUAGCUGCCUACCUCUAUACCUGCUAUCUCCGUUCGAUCCGGGUCGGGCUCGUGCUGCUGGGGGCGGGGGCAAUCAAUCGGCGAGCUCGGUGAUCCAUGGCCGUGGCUGUGGGGUGGCUGUGAGGGUGCCCCCGGCGGCGCUCCCCUCCGCGCCUGCCGGCGAGGGGGCUCGGACUGAAGGGAUCUAGGCGAGCUGAAAAUUGAAGUGCAGGCAAGGAGAUAAGAGCAGCGUCCAAAUUGUGAGUACUUCAUUAGCAGGAGGUAGUGGUUGUGCUUGCUUGGCUCCUUUGCAAUUUGGCUUUGGCGAGGUAGCAAUGGCUGCGGCAGUGGCAAUGCGAGGGAGUAGCAGUGAUGGAGGUGGCUAUGAUAAGGUUUCCGGGAUGGACUCCGGUAAAUAUGUGCGCUACACGCCUGAGCAGGUGGAGGCGCUUGAGCGGGUGUACGCCGAUUGCCCCAAGCCAACCUCCUCCCGCAGGCAGCAACUGCUGCGUGAGUGCCCCAUACUUGCUAACAUUGAGCCCAAGCAGAUCAAGGUCUGGUUCCAGAACAGAAGGUGCCGGGAUAAGCAGCGGAAGGAGUCUUCACGGCUUCAGGCUGUCAACAGGAAAUUGACGGCAAUGAACAAGCUACUUAUGGAAGAGAAUGAGCGACUCCAGAAGCAGGUCUCCCAAUUGGUUCAUGAGAAUGCCCACAUGCGACAGCAGCUGCAGAAUACUCCGCUGGCAAAUGAUACAAGCUGUGAAUCAAAUGUGACUACCCCUCAAAACCCUUUAAGGGAUGCAAGUAACCCCUCUGGGCUCCUUUCAAUUGCAGAGGAGACCUUGACAGAGUUCCUCUCAAAGGCUACUGGUACAGCUAUUGAUUGGGUCCAGAUGCCUGGGAUGAAGCCUGGUCCGGAUUCGGUUGGUAUUGUGGCCAUUUCACAUGGUUGCCGUGGUGUUGCUGCCCGUGCCUGUGGUUUGGUGAACCUAGAACCAACAAAAGUGGUAGAGAUAUUGAAAGAUCGUCCAUCUUGGUUCCGUGAUUGUCGAAACCUGGAAGUCUUUACAAUGAUUCCAGCAGGAAAUGGAGGAACGGUUGAACUUGUCUACACACAGUUGUAUGCUCCAACAACUUUAGUUCCUGCACGAGAUUUUUGGACGUUACGGUACACAACCACAAUGGAAGAUGGCAGUCUUGUGGUCUGUGAGAGAUCUUUAAGUGGUUCAGGGGGCGGUCCAAGUGCUGCCUCUGCUCAGCAAUAUGUGAGAGCGGAAAUGCUUCCAAGUGGAUACCUGGUUCGCCCAUGUGAAGGUGGGGGAUCAAUUGUGCACAUAGUGGACCAUCUGGAUCUUGAGGCAUGGAGUGUUCCUGAGGUGCUUCGGCCACUCUAUGAAUCUUCAAGGGUAGUCGCUCAGAAAAUGACUACUGCGGCACUCCGGCACAUCAGACAAAUUGCUCAAGAAACAAGUGGGGAAGUGGUGUAUGCCUUGGGGAGGCAACCAGCAGUGCUACGGACUUUUAGUCAAAGGCUGAGCAGAGGCUUUAACGAUGCCAUUAGUGGUUUCAAUGAUGAUGGGUGGUCUAUAAUGGGCGGAGACGGUGUUGAAGAUGUAGUUAUUGCUUGCAACUCAACUAAGAAAAUUAGGAGUAACAGCAAUGCUGGCAUCGCCUUUGGAGCCCCCGGAGGUAUUAUAUGUGCUAAGGCAUCAAUGUUACUGCAGAGUGUUCCUCCAGCAGUACUGGUUCGAUUUCUGAGGGAGCAUAGAUCUGAAUGGGCCGAUUACAAUAUUGAUGCAUAUUUGGCUUCAACUCUGAAAACAAGUGCAUGUUCACUUACUGGGUUGCGACCCAUGAGAUUUUCUGGGAGCCAAAUCAUCAUUCCACUUGCUCACACAGUUGAGAAUGAGGAGAUUCUUGAAGUUGUUCGCCUUGAGGGUCAACCUCUUACUCAUGAUGAAGCUCUUCUUUCAAGGGAUAUCCACCUGCUUCAGCUCUGCACUGGAAUAGACGAGAAGUCUGUGGGAUCCUCCUUUCAGCUUGUGUUUGCACCGAUUGAUGAUUUCCCAGAUGAAACUCCAUUGAUUUCUUCUGGCUUCCGUGUUAUACCACUUGAUAUGAAAACAGAUGGUGCAUCCUCUGGUAGGACAUUAGAUUUGGCAUCUAGUCUUGAAGUAGGUUCAGCAACAGCUCAAGCCUCCGGAGAUGCAUCUGCAGAUGAUUGUAACUUGCGAUCUGUUCUGACGAUCGCUUUUCAAUUCCCUUACGAGUUGCAUCUCCAAGACAGUGUUGCAGCUAUGGCUCGCCAAUAUGUCCGUAGCAUUGUUUCUGCUGUGCAAAGAGUGUCAAUGGCUAUCUCUCCCUCUCAAACUGGUCUAAAUGCCGGACAGAGGAUAAUCUCUGGUUUCCCUGAAGCAGCAACCCUUGCUCGAUGGGUUUGCCAGAGCUACCAUUACCAUCUAGGGGUAGAGUUACUUAGUCAAUCAGAUGGAGAUGCAGAACAAUUGUUGAAGAUGCUAUGGCAUUACCAAGAUGCUAUUUUGUGCUGCUCAUUCAAGGAAAAACCGGUGUUUACAUUUGCCAACAAAGCAGGACUGGACAUGCUAGAAACUUCCCUUGUCGCCUUACAGGACCUCACAUUGGACAGGAUCUUUGAUGAGCCUGGAAAAGAAGCAUUGUUCUCAAACAUUCCCAAAUUGAUGGAGCAGGGCCAUGUCUACCUGCCAUCAGGCGUGUGCAUGUCAGGAAUGGGUCGGCAUGUUUCUUUCGAUCAGGCCGUGGCUUGGAAAGUGCUUGCCGAGGAUAGCAAUGUUCACUGCCUGGCCUUCUGUUUCGUCAACUGGUCCUUUGUGUGACCAUCCCACAUCCACUGCGAAGUGAAGAUUCAUUUUUGCUUGUUCAAGACUGUUUUGCACUAGAUCUAGACCUGAGAAUCUAGUAGUAUUUGCGAAAUUUCUCGCUUAUGUAAAUGUAAUCUCGCUCCCAUUCCAUCAAGUACCCAAGUACAAGGCAGUGGCCAAGUGGUUUUAGUUGUAGGGGGAUCGGAGCAAUCCUGACGGUUGGGUACUUGGGUUCCUUCCAGCAAUGUAAAAUCGGAUCCUGUAGGGCGUCGAAAACUGCAUUGGCAAGAUUCUUCGAAAUGCAGACCAAAUUUAGCUAGUACAUCGUAACUUUGGCAUUA